AUGUGGACUUUGUUUAAAUUCUUCACAAUAAAUAUAAAAAAAACAAUAGAAUGCUGUGAAUUAAACUUGCAAUGCCACCUUGGUAACCCAAGUCCCUUUACCCCUCGGCCUGCACACCACCGUAAUAAACCUAAGUCCAGACCCACUACAAGCCAGACACGUUGCGUGUACUCUAGAAAUCCAGAAACCCAGCUUGAAUUUCGGACAUCUACUCACCCGAGGAACAAAUCUACCUUCAUCCCGACGAUAAAAUUAAUUUUGUUAGUCAGGAUGCUGAACCGUCAGUACUUGGACUUGCGAUGCAGCUCAAAUGACCCCGGAAGGGUCCGUGAUGAACGAUGUCGCAUUGACGAGCAUCCGACGGAUCCAAAUGCUCAGCUGAGUUCGCAGAUUGAACCUUGUGGUGUUGAAAAUUUUAAUUACAAACCGGAAGCUGGAGACUGUCCAACAGUGAAUGCUUUGAGAGAACGGAUAACUGAGGCCGGAAAACCUCCGCCGUAUUUUCCUCAAUUGAAUGACAACGUUCCAGCGAUUGAUGAAGGGCCGAUGGGCCCAGUGGGUCCUUGGGCAACAGGGAGGCCUGUUUUUUCUCCGGUUAAUGGAAUGACUGGCAUAAGACCUGUUGUUGAUCGUUACUCAAUGACUCGGUACACUCCAGCUCAGUGGCGAGGUCACAAUAAAACAUUUUUUGAUCAGUCUAGUCGAAUGAUUAGCAACGCUAGAACGCUGGCUAAGGAUGUGAGGGAACACAACUCGAGAGUUUACAGAGAAACAGAUAAAAAUCAGCUGGAAAAUAGAGACCGGCUGAGUGGCAGGGCUGGAGAAAUUCAUUACUGGAAAAUGGAACUCGAGCGAGCGAUUAUUGAACUCACUGAUGAAAUAGAAUUACUUGAAGUUGAACACCGACGCGUUAAACAAUCACUCUCUGUAUUGACCAUUCCCGAGUCAAUUGCUGAUCAAUUACUGGAGUUAAAAGCAGUAAAAACCCGCGUUGAGUUUGAUUUAACAGAUAAAAUUGAUGCUUAUGCUAAUGACUCGGCGUGUAUUGGCUUAACAAAUGAUUCUCCGCUGAUUAUGAUGAAGCCUGGGGCUACUAGAGUUCCACCUGAACAAUCGUCACCAGAAGGAUACGAUAAUUUUACAAAAGUUAAUUUGGAAAGUUCUGAAAAUACUAGACAAAAAUCAAUAGCUCUAAGAGCGGCUUUAAAUGAUACUUAUUUGAAAGUUGUGAAAGAUUUGCGACAACAAGCGACUGAAGUCGACUUGGCCUUAACGGACAAUGUCAAUGUCACUGAACAAGUUUGUCAGGCUCUGGAAAAGGAAUUAGUUAAUUGCCUGAAUCAAUUGUCAGAUACCGAAAAAUUGAUCGAAGAAUUAAGAGGAGCCAACAGAGGACUGGAAGAAGCUAUGAAAGUUGCCCAGACUCGAUUAGAUAUUCGUCAUGAGCGUAGAAAUGUUGAAAAUUGUCGCGACAUUCCACAAUAUGGUUUAAUUGAAGAAGUAAAAAUUAUCGGAGAAAAUUUAACGUCAAUGGCUGGUCAAUUGCGACAAGCAGAAGAAACACAAGCAGGCCUGGUAAAAUCCCGCGGUGACUUGGAACGUGAAAUAAUGGUGAAGAGAAAAACUCUUUACAUAGACAGAGAUCGUGGACAAUUGUUACGUUCAUUUUAUCCCUCAGCAGAAGCAUUGUCUGGCCACGUAUAA